CACAUGACCCUGGACAUGGAUGCUGUUUUGUCAGAUUUUGUCCGUUCUACAGGAGCAGAACCAGGGUUGGCCCGUGAUCUUUUGGAAGGAAAAAAUUGGGAUGUAAGUGCAGCCCUCAGUGAUUUUGAACAGCUUCGACAGGUCCAUGCUGGGAACCUGCCUCCACCCUUCAGUGAGGGUCGUGGUGGCCCCAGACCUCCUGAGAAGGGACCUUCUGAAAGGGAGCCCACCCGCCCUCUCCGGCCCACCCUCCAUCGUCAGGAUGACAUUAUUCAAGAGAAGCGCUUGUCUCGAGGCAUCUCUCAUGCCAGUUCCAGCAUUGUUUCUUUAGCCCGAUCCCAUGUCUCCUCUAGUGGUGGAACUGGAGGGAGCAGUGAGCACCCCCUGGAGAUGCCCAUCUGUGCCUUCCAGCUCCCAGACCUCACUGUAUUCACUGAAGACUUCCGCAGCUUCAUUGAAAGGGACCUCAUUGAACAGUCCAUGUUGGUUGCUCUGGAACAAGCAGGGCGUCUAAACUGGUGGGUAAGUGUGGACCCUACCUGCCAAAGACUGCUGCCCCUAGCAACAACAGGAGAUGGAAACUGCCUUCUGCAUGCAGCCUCUCUUGGGAUGUGGGGUUUCCAUGAUCGGGACCUAAUGCUGCGUAAGGCACUUUACUCACUGAUGGAGAAGGGAAUAGAGAAGGAGGCACUCAAACGGCGUUGGAGGUGGCAACAAACACAGCAAAAUAAGGAGUCUGGGCUUGUGUAUACAGAGGAGGAAUGGCAAAAAGAGUGGAACGAGCUCAUCAAGCUUGCCUCAAGUGAACCCCGAAUGCAUAUAGGUACCAACGGAACCAGCUGUGGAGGGGUGGAGAGCUCAGAAGAGCCCGUAUAUGAGAGCCUAGAGGAGUUCCAUGUCUUUGUCCUUGCACAUGUGCUUAAAAGGCCAAUUGUUGUAGUGGCAGACACCAUGCUCAGGGACUCAGGUGGAGAAGCAUUUGCCCCAAUUCCCUUUGGGGGGAUCUAUCUGCCCUUGGAGGUCCCAGCCAGCAGGUGUCAUCGAUCACCCCUGGUAUUAGCCUAUGAUCAGGCUCAUUUCUCUGCCCUGGUGUCUAUGGAGCAGAAAGAGAACUCCAAGGAGCAAGCAGUGAUCCCACUCACAGACUCUGAACACAAGUUGCUACCCUUGCACUUUUCGGUGGACCCUGGAAAGAGCUGGGAGUGGGGCAAGGAUGAAAGUGACAACAUCAAGCUGGCCAGUGUGACCCUGUCCCUGGAAGCAAAAUUACACCUGCUCCAUAGCUACAUGAAUGUGAAAUGGAUCUCUUUACCUUCUGAUACACAGGCUCCUUUGGCUCAACCUGAGUCUCCCACAGCCUCAGCUGGGGAUGAACCCCGAUCUACCCCUGAAUCUGGGGAAUCUGACAAGGAAUCAGUUGGCAGCAACUCCACCAGCAAUGGGGGAGGUGGGCGGAAAGAGAAGCCAAAGCGAGAUCGGGAGAAAGAUAAGAAGAGAGCAGAUUCAGUCGCCAACAAGUUGGGCAGUUUUGGCAAGACCUUGGGCAGUAAACUCAAGAAGAACAUGGGGGGCCUAAUGCACGGCAAGGGUGCCAAGCCUGUUGGGAUUGGGGUGGGGCCUGGGGUGCAACCCAGUGGCAAUGACACACUGGAGAAGAAGAAGAAAGGAUCGCUUAAGGGCUGGAAGGGCAGCAAGGAGGAUACAUCUGGGGAUGUCAGUGGAUCUGAAAAGCCUAUACCUGAGUCUCCAGGAGAUGGAGGGAGCAAGUAUAGCCAGGAGGUGAGGCUGAGCUUGAGCAUUAUGAGAAUUGCAAUGCAGGGGGAACGCAAGUUUAUUUUUGCUGGAAACCUGAAGAUGAGUCAUCGACACCAGUAUCAGGAGGAGAUGAUCCAGCGCUACCUGGCAGAUGCCGAAGAAAGAUUCCAGGCUGAACAGAAGCAAAAAGAGGCAGAGAGAAAAAUGAAUGGAGGGGGUGGAAGUGGACCCCCCCCAGCAAAGAAACCAGAGCCAGAUGGGGAAGAAGAGCUCCUGAACCCCUCCCCACCAGAGUCCAAAGCUUCACUCUCUCCCAACCACCCUGGGAGCUUCACUAUCCCUAGGCCUGCUGGAGGGGGUGUCCAUUGCCAGGACCUUGGGAGGCAGGUGGCAGGCGGUCCCUGUGGAGGACUCCCCUCUUAUGCUACCUUCCCUAGACAGUGCACCUCAGGUCGGCCCUACCCCAAUCAGGACCCAGUUCCUUCCUUGGAGAGAAACAGUCAUUCUGUGGAUGGAAACCAAGGGGAAUCACUGUUACCCUCCCCCUUUCGUGUGGCGGACAGCUACAGUAAUGGCUACAGGGAGCCCCCCGAGCCAGAUGGUGAUGGUGGAUGGGGUGGGGGAACUGUAGAAGACUUGGGGCUUCCUCUGACCCAGACCAAGUGCAAACAACCGAACUGCAGCUUCUACGGACACCCUGAGACCAGCAACUUCUGUUCCUGCUGCUACCGGGAGGAACUGAGGCGGAGGGAACAAGAAAGGGGUGGAGAGCUGUUGGUUCACAGAUUCUGA